AGAGAGUACAAGUCCGAACACUCCGAACGAGCUGAUUUUGUGUUAUUGUUUUGAUUUUGUUAUUUUGUUUUAUUUUAUGUGCAAUAUUUUAAUUUUAUAAUUUAGUAAAUUUAAUAAUAAAAUGAAGGAGUUCCUGGCUGAAAAUAACGCCUGCGGUCAAACGAUUCUGGUCCUAGUCUCUAGAGGAAAUGCCAUAAUAGCCGAACUGCUUAGGUUAAAAAGUUACAUUCCUAAAGUUUAUAGACUCGAAUCCAAGCAGGAUAUACAAAAAUAUGGAGACAUCAUUUUGGAUUUUUCUUACCUUAAAACUUCUGAGGAGCAGGAGAAGAAAAUUGAGAAAAAUGAGACUUUACGUGAGCUUGACGAAGAAUUUAGAGACAAUCAUAUAGAAAUAAUCAGUCGUUUCUAUUUACUUUUUGAGAGCAUUCACAGCUACAUCAUCGAUUUAAACCAUUACAUCGAAGAAUUAGAAGAAGGAGUUUAUAUACAUCAAUCAUUAGAAACAGUAUUUCAGGAUUUAGAAGGGAAACAACUUUUGAGUGAAGCACUUUUUCUUUAUGGUUUGAUGUUAUUAAUGGUAGAUACUUACAUAGACGGACCAGUCAGAGAGCGAUUACUUGUUUCAUAUAACAGAUACACUCCGCAAAGGAGAGAUACUCAAAGCUGCUUUGAUGAAGUAUGUAAACUUCUCAUGGACACUGGUUUUAAUACAGCCAAAAAACCACAAAAUUAUCCAGAAGAUUAUUUUAAGAGAGUUUCCAUAAAUCCAACAUAUGUGGAAUUGGUUAUAGGAUGCCUCCGCUCAGACGACAUAUAUUCUCAAAUCGUAGUUUACCCCCUACCAAGGCAUAGAAGUACUGCACUAGCUACCCAAGCUUCGAUGCUCUAUGUUUGUUUAUAUUUUGAUGCGAGAAUUCUGCAUUUUGAAUCGGCUGCUAUGAGAGAGAUUGUUGAUAAAUAUUUUCCUGACAACUUUAUAAUUUCAGUCUAUAUGGGAUUUAUCAUAAAUCUCGCCGAAUCAUGGGACAAUUUUAAAUCAGCCCAUCUGGCGCUUAACAACACUCUGCAAAUAGCAAAUCUCAAAAACUAUGCCAACAAUUAUGGACAAAAGCUGCCGGAAUUGUUGAAAUGCACUGGAAAUCUUCUAAAAGAAGGAAAUAUCACAAAGGACAAUAUUUUGAAGGACAUUAACAACAUCGUGAAUACUUUGAGGGAUUGUAAUGUGAUUUUGAGGUGGCUAAUAUUACAUACUGUUUCACUGCCAGGCACCACAGACAAAAACAAAAAACUAAAACAACUCAGAGACUUGAUAAUCUCUGAAUCAAAUUGCGAACAAUCCUAUUUAUUCAGGCUCCUGUUAAACACGGCUCAAUUGGAACUCAUUACCAAAGAACUCUACAGAAAUGCAUUGUCUGAGAAGGAUAUCCAAUGGGAGAAAUUAAAAGACAGUAGUCAUAAAAGUUUGCUGGAACUAUCAGAAGUUUUCAGCGGCACAAAGCCGCUAACAAGGAUUAAAAAGAAUUUAGAUUUGGAAGGGUGGUUUAAGCAAAUAGCUGAAAAUGUUGAGACCUUGUCCACAGAGGAUACAGGAUCUGCGAGAAAAUUGGUGCAGCUGAUUCAAGCUUUGGAAGAGGUGCAGGAAUAUCAUCAGUUAGAUAAUAACAUGCAGAUUAUUCAAUUUCUUUCUGAAACCCGCAAUGAUCUUGAUCAAAUGAUACGAAUUAUGAAUAUCAAAGAAGAUGUGCUAAUAAAUCUUCAAAUUAUUGGAGAUGUAAGUUAUGCUUGGGAACUCAUUGAUUUUUAUACGAAUAUUAUGCAAAAUGGAAUUAAGAGGGAACCAAAAUUAGUUAUCAAACUUAGAGCUGUAUUUUUGAAGUUAGCCUCUGCUUUAGAACUUCCACUGCUACGCAUCAACCAAUCGCAUAGUAAUGACUUAGUCUCAGUUUCCGAAUAUUAUAGCAAAGAAUUAGAAAUUUAUGUCCGAAAAGUCCUACAAAUAAUUCCAAAUACCAUGUUUGAUAAAUUGGCCCGUAUUAUAGCCAUGCAAACCGGUAUAAUAAAAGAACUGCCCACCAGAGUGGACAAGGACAAAUUGAAAGAUUACGCUCAACUAGAGGAAAGAUUCGAAUUUGCAGAGUUAACUCAUUCAGUGUCGAUUUUCAGUCAGGGUAUGAGGAUGAUGAAGAAUACCUUGGUGGGAGUGGUGUGUUUGGAUCCAAAGCAAUUGCUCGAGGAUGGGAUUAGGAAGGAAUUGGUGCUGCAUACAUCCAAAGCUUUGCAUAAUGAGUUUAAAUUUAGUACAAAAUUGAGGCAAGAUGAGCUGGAAAAUAAACUUAAGAGUCUUGGGCUUAUCAUGGAUGGGUAUAAGAGGUCUUUCGAAUAUAUUCAGGAUUACAUCAAUAUAAACGGCCUAAAAAUUUGGCAAGAAGAAGUGACUAGAAUAGUAAAUUAUAACGUUGAGCAAGAAUGCAAUGGUUUCCUGAGAAACAAGAUUUACCCUUGGCAGAGUGUAUAUCAAAGCAGAUAUGUACCAAUACCAAUUUAUCCUCCCAUAGAUGAAAGUGAGAACUUCAUUGGUAGAUUGGCUAGAGAGAUUAUAAGGAUAACAGAUCCAAAGUCAGCUGUAUAUUUGUCAACGACAUUGACUUGGUAUGAUAUUAAAACGCAUAAACCAAUAUUUAAUAAAGAAACCAUUGCAUCUGUUGCUCAAUCAAUUGAAAUAACAGGAUUAGUGGGGUUGGAUAGGCUGUUUUCUUUUAUGAUAAUUACUGCUUUACAGCGAAUAAUGGCCUAUUUAGAAAACAAAAACGUUAACACAACAUCUUGGACCAACGUUAUUACCACCAUUCAAAGUGACCUAAAACAACGAACAGAAGAUUGGUUAAAUCCUGCUAAAAUUUAUCAGACAUAUGUUAAUAGGAGCGUGAAAAUUUGGAGCGAGUUCUCAGAAAAAGUUUUAUUGAUUGGCCAGUUACAACUGUUGAGAAAUUUGAUUGCCUUUCAUUUGAAUAAGUCUUGCAGAUUUAACGCUAAGAAUUUGGAGUGUGCGUUGAGGUCUCUCAAUAAGUCUUUACUGUUGGAUUUGAAGCAAGACAAUCCCCUUCCUUCGGAAGAAUUUGUUCAUAAGCUUUCUGAAUAUUUCAACUAUGCUGGUCAGAACGAACCUUUCAGCAAAAUUUACGUUACAUCAAGAAACAACAGCGACUACGCCAUUACCCUAUUUAUUUUUGUUUUGGCUCACAUCAAACUAGUGUUUUUACCACAAAAUUUGGGCAGCCUUAGUAAAAGAACUUACGACCAAAUUGAUGGUGUAGCUCUCUCAGCUGGUGUCCAUACUAUCCUGAAACAAUUCCACAGUAGCAUAAACGGAGACUUUAUUAAGUUAGUGGCCGAAUAUGUUUUGCAGUUAACCAAAUUUAACGGCACAAAAAGUCCCGAAAUUCUUCCAGAAGUAACUGUAAUGCUCAACUUCAUGGAUUGCUACACCAACUAUUGCAGCAGUUCUAGAAAGUUUUACAAAGACUACCUUCCUGAGGAGAUAAUGCACAUAGAACAAUCUCUAGCAUCAAUCAGUUUAUAAAAAGCAAUAUAACAGACCUUUAACACUUUAUUAUUUUUCUGAAAAUAUAAAAGUCUUAGUUAUAUCACUUUCAUUUCAAAAUCAAACUUUAAUUGUAAUUAUUGUUUAUACAUAAAAUGUAUAUACCAUCUGGUUCAAUGAUGAAAGUAUUUUGUGUAUUCGAUAUUUUUUGUAAGAAAUCACAAAGAGAACAAAUAAAGAUAAAUACAAAAUUAUUUAUAUUAA